GGAUCAAUAAUGAAAUAUUAGCGUUUGGAGUGAUUGUUUUCUUUCCUAAUAUUAAAAACAAAAACUUGUUUUAAAAGUAAGUUUAAGAUAAUUACGAGUAUACAUGAUGUCAAAAUUAAUAGACGAUUUGUUUGAUAAGAAGAAGGAUGAAGCACCGAUGCUGGACUUGUCGAAAACUGUCAUAAAUACAGCUGAAGAAUACAGAGCCGUUCUUGAUAAAGUUCCGGAUUUCAAAACUAGACCAGAAAAGGUAAAAGCUGAGGACAUAAAAAUUAAAGAUAAAGUUGAGGAUCAAAAAACGAAAACGCCAAGAAAAGAAAUAAGGGCGUACGAAAAAUUAGGAACAAGAGGUUAUGAAGAAAAACAUUUCACAUUUAUGGAUCCCAUACCGGUAGAAAUGAAGGGAUUGAAAUUUGAGGAGCUGUGUGCUGUGCCAAUUGAAUGGAGAAUGUUAACCUCUACAAGACCUAAAUCUAAAUUAGAUGAAGAGUAUUUUAAUAGACUGAUUGAAUUAGGCAAGUCUGAAUUAAGGACAAAAACAAGAGAUAAAAGAGAGUAUGCUAAAAACACUAUGAUCAGAAAAACAAAAAAUCGUUCUGGAGUGACUGAAACCAGAAUCCCGUCCUGUCCUGAAUGUGGUGAAGAGUAUUGCAACGGGAAAAUGUGCGCUAUAACCAACUACGAUAUGUUUGCACGUUUAAAAGUGGAAGUUGAAACGAAAACAUCAAGAGUACAGGUCGCACCAACACAGGGCGCGGGUAAGCUGCGCCGGUUACGACGCCGCGCGAAACGUAAGCCUCGAAGCAAAAGUGCCGCACCGGUACUGACGAAAUCUAAACUCGUAAACAAAUCUGGAGCUAGAAGCGAUUCUGAACUUUAACGUGCUCUAAUAUAUAUUCAAUCUAAGCAUGAUAUUUGAUCAAUCUUAAAUCCGCAUAUGCUGCUUUAAAACAAUACGUUUAAAACAAAACUUCUCAUAUCAGCUUUUAGAGAUAAAAUUAUUUAUAACUGAUCAACCUACUCAUUUUUCAAUUGUUGUACUUCGCUUACCUACUACUAGUCAAGUAAUUUAUUAUAGCUAGGUACGUAAAUAAACUACUUUAUUAAUUAUGAUACUUAUAAGAAUCUCAAUUUUUAUACUCUUUCACAUUCUUAAUUUUUUUUACAAUCAAAUAAAAAAUAUAUGAAACGUGUUUUUUGUAUUUUAAUUUUUACGAACCAAAUCCUUAGUGGCUGUGAAAACAAUCCCCAUAACGUAUAUUUUACCCGAAUUUAGGCCGGUGACACUGAUAUGGUCUCUCUAGAGUGUAAACAUCAGUGUGCUUAGUGCAUAGGUACUACAUUGUGUUAACUUUUACGCUAUCGAGAACGUUAAAAAGCUCGCACUAAGCACACUGCUUAGGUCGGGGAAAAAACGAAUUGAUUCCGCUAACCUUGUGAGUAUAACAUAGAAACAUGACAUUACUACUAGUUUAGUAUUUCGAUAAUAAUCAAUACUCGAUUAAUUUAUAAUCAAACCAGUAAGAAGACAAAAUGUGGGAAAACUGGAACGCUAGCUAACAGGCGGAGUAUAUGGUUGUCAACAAUUAGAUUGACAUACGUCGAUCUAAAACUACUGCUUAAAGGAAAAAGUUGAAAUAAGAAAGAUAAAAACGCCAACGGUUUUUAAAUUGUUGUUAAAAUCGAUUACCUAAAAACUCUCAUGUCACGUCAGAUAAACAGAUAGAUCAAUAUCACUCAUUUAUUUUUAAAAAAAUAUUCAUGUUAUACAAUUUUCGAGCCUAUAACAACAACAAUUUUAAGAGUUUCGCAAUUUCGUUACAUCCACAGGACUUAGUGCAUACUAGGCCGACCAGUGUACUUAGUGCGAGUUUUUGAGUUCUCGAUAGCGUAAAAGUUAGCUCAUAUUUGUAUGGAAUGCGAUCGUUUGCCUACGUUUGCCGCUAGGGGCGCUGUUCCAACUGCAUACAAAAUUGGGUUAACUUUUACGCUAUCGAGAACGUUAAGAAACUCGCACUAAGCACACUCAACCAUUCAUUAUUGUAAUUACUUAAUGUACAUUAAGCAAUAAUAUCUUUGUAAUCUAAAUACAUUAAGUUCGUCUGUAAGGAUUCAUAUCAAAAUGUUUGCAUUUAGUACCGAAAUAUAAGACUUGUAACUUGAAUAGUUUUAUUCUUUAUACUCAAAAAUAUAAAUAUAUUUACAAUUUGCUCUCACUAGACUGAAUUUACAAUAUGGAAACUGGGCACUAGAAACCGUCGAAUAUUUUUUUAAAU